CCUCAACAUGGGGAGCAGCCCGGGCACACGCGCCUGCUACGCGGCGGCCGGCAUCUUCACACUGUCGGGCUUCCUGCUGUCCGGGGCCAGCGUGGCCAUCGUCAUGAUGAUUGUGCGCGACGACAAACUCGACGAGCAGCUCUGGACGGCUGCUGUUCUCGUAGUGGGCGUCAGCUUCGGCGUGCUCUGCCUCGGUAUCCUGGUGUGCGCCUGUGCCAUGUGCAAGCGCAUGGCCGCCAGCCAGGCGGCGUUGGACAAGGCCGAGGCCGUGCGCGAGCAGGGGGCCAAACGGCGGCUGUCGCCGGCCACCUUCCCGGCCGGACACGCGGCAGCUGUGCGCGUCUGGAGCACAGCUGGUUCGCUGGACCCGCUGCUGCCCGGUCAGGUCGCGGCCACCGAGAGCCCCUCCGAGGCCGAGGACGACGAGCAGCCCCGCGAGGAUGCCGCCUAGGCGCCGCAGACCUGCAGGGUGCGAGGCCAGGAGGUGGUGAAGGCGAACCGUUCCCUACUCGCCAGGACACAUUUCACGUCUCAAGUGAAAAAACGAAGAUCGACAUUUUCCUGUGUGCUGCUUCGGCGUGUGCGAAGCUGCGUCCCCGCGCCGUCACGAGUCUCGUAUGACAGUGGUUAAAGCCGCCGGGACAGUCAGAGUUGAAAACACUGCUGUACGGCCUUUCUUUUUUUUUUAAGAAGGUGAAGUCAGAGCAUGGUACUUAAGGUGACUGCAGCUCUUGAAUGUCAUCUCUGAGGAGGCCUUCUGGAGCUGCGGUACCUACACUGCACUAAAGCUUGAACAAAAUAUGCGAAAGCUUUUCGAAGGAGGGGGAGAGGGUAGCAGUGAGAAAACGAUUAUGAGAGCAUCUCAUGUCCACUUAUUAGAACACCACACUUUCUCUCGGCCAAAGACAGCAGCUUCCCAACAGCAACAACCACAGGCAAAAGUCUGACAGCAGUCCACCCAGUUCGUGUAGAUUCCUGCAUUUCCAAGAUAAGGGCUUUGAUUGCCCCGCGAAAUUCAUCUGCGAUAAUGGGGCUUUGUGAAGUCUCAUAGCUGACGCAUUGAUAAGUUUUAAUCACUGAAGCUCAGCAGUAAGUGUGAAAGGCUUGGUUUGAACGUUCGAAAAUUCACUUCGUGGUUUGGCAAAAGUCAUAAUUUAGCGUUGGCAGUAAAUCAUGAAAGCGUUAUGUUCUAAAGCUCUGACCCCGAUUACUGAGCUCCAUUAUCUGAAAUGGUCAUUGAAAUCCGAGUGCCAUGUUUGUAAUUCCUCUGGGACUAUCAAGCCGACGGGUAUGCACCAAAGAACAAAGGAACGGUGCUUCUGCUAGCGUUUUCACGUACUCAGAUUCUAUAGUUGCGUUGUGGCGUGUGAGUACGAUGCUUACACAGUUACUGAAAGUGGUUUCCAACUUAAAUUACGAAAUACGAUCCCUUCCACAUUUUAUUUCCAACCCAUAGGAUAAAAAUGUUGUCUAUUUGCAUUGAGAUUUGCAACAUAAAAACUUGACCGCCUACUGGCAAUGUCCCAGUGGUGAACAUGAGUACUUUCACAGUCACUAUUGCAUUUGUGCACUUGUCGUCUUGACAUAGAAGAAGAUAGUGGUGACAGCUAUAGGAGAAAGAAAGUCUUCUCGAUGCAGCAAUUUUUUUAGUACUGUGGAGGAGAGCUAUAGAAAUUUACGGCAGUGCCAAAUGAUGCCAGAAUACAAACGACAAAAGGAUGGGAAACAUAUCAUCAUCCACCUCCGACACAUGUCCUCCAUGUGUAGGACAAAAUCCCACUUACUCAGCAAAAUGUAGUCAUUGGGCUGCGCACGUGCAUUUUAGUCGUCACACAUAGAACAAGGCCCUCUUGAGGCAAGCGUGGCACACAAUGUUCAGGCUCACAUGAACCACCCCAUCGUCAACGUCAAAUUUUUGUGGCUCCAACGAGCCUAUAACGUAACUGUUCUCGCUACUUCGCAAGUAAAACCGUGUGUCAUGCAUGCGCUGUGGUAAAGCAUUUAUAUUCUUACACACUAUAACUGCCCGUGGGAAAAGAACCAUAAAUGUGUCGGACUGCUGCUGUGUUUUGAGCGUGUUCGUGUAUGACGCUGGAUAAACUCCUCGCCAGCUGACAAGGACAUAACAGAGACGCAGACAACACCAUGGCGCAUCGUGCAAAGUCUACAUCUCCCUGUGGGCCCUUGCAUGCAGGAAGUUUGCUACCAAGUGAUGGUGCACGGCGGUGUUACAUCGGGCGGGGUUAACAUAGCCGGCAAUUGUUCCGCAUGAGUGGAUAGCAGGGACGUGCCACCGGACGUUGAAGAACUCUGUCUCUCUAAGAAAGGCAAUCGGCAAUACAGUAAGACUACCUUCCCGAUUGCCGCAGGCCCUUCAGUGAACAUGACGUCUCCGAAGCCCGCGUGCGUAAAACCUCCCUUUUACAGUCUGCGUCUUUCUGUGUCAAAGUGCGGGCAUACACAGGUGGUAUGCUCUGUGGAACAACUCUGGGGUUUUACGUGCCAAAGCCACGAUAUGAUUGUAGGACACGUGCUGGUCUCCUGAUUAAUUUUGACCAAUUGGGGUUCUAUAAUGAGCACCUCAAAUCUAAGCACACGGGUGUUCUUGCAUGUCGAACCCUCGUCCUCGAGCUUAGCAGUGCGACACAUUAGCCGCCAAGCUACCUGGCGGGUAAAACGUUCUAUGCCGU